AUGAUGAUUUACCUAUUUUCAUACUUUAUACAUUUAUUAUUGGUACCUCAUUAUCUAUAUUUUUCAUUCUUACUACGAGUGAUGAUCAACCCCCAAAGUUUUAUUCAAUAUUAAGCUUUAUGAGAUUUGGUGUAGCGAUUGCUUUAGGCUUAAUUAUAGGACUAAGUGAUGCAAUAUUUGCGAUGCAAAAUAUUACUAUUGCAAAAACUAGGUGCCCUAUGAUGGCCAUAAUUCAUAAUGUAGAUAUUCUUUUAGGCAUUGGCUUGAGUGGUACUUAUGUGACAACCAAAACUAGGGUUCAUUACAAAAUUAGUGUUGAACCAACAUUGUUUUGUAUCAUUAGUUAUCCAACAACA